AUGAUUCUUACCAUGUGUUUAUUGAUUUCACUGCUGAAGAGGAUUAUCAAUCUGUUUUGUUGAAAGAGAGGGUUGUUGUUGCUGGUGCAAUCAUGGAGGUUUUUCAGUGGACUCCGGAGUUUCAUGAUCAAUUUGUGGUAUUUGAUGAUUCGACGGGUAUAAAUUGAAAAUAUUUAUAUGUAAUCUGGAAAAACACUAUAAAGUAGGUGGCGUCGUGGGAGAAAGGGCGAUGAAGUGGGGCAUGGGAAGGGCGAGUAGGGGAUGGGGUGAGUGGACAAGGUGGAGGCACUAUGGCCUGGGGGAGUGAGAGUUUGUGUUAGGGGUAGGGGUAGGGAUAGGGAAUGAGUGCCAUGUCGUAGUCAGAAUUUCCACCAAGGGGUUCAAAAUAUGAGCUGGUAAACACACGAAGAAGUUGAAUGCAGUUCAACAUCUACUCUGUAUCUAUAAAAAUGAUUUAGUUAUGUAUAAGCAAUAUAAUUUUCGAGGGUUUAGAUGAAUCCCUCAACCUUACUUGGCUCUGCCCCAGAAUGGGUGGGAGGUGGUGUGUGUGUGGGAUGGGGGUGGUGAGAGGUUGGGUUUGGACAAGAGGUAGAGAUAAGAACCUAUGACCUAAAGUAAUUUUUGAACCCUCUUUGCCGCUUUUUCCUUAUUUGAAGACCAAUUAAACCUUCGCAUGGAAGUGUUAUAUUGUAAUUAUAAGAGAUGAUGGACCAAAAAAACUUUUUAUGUGUGAGCUUUAGUAUUUACAAUUGUUCCACUAUCUUUGGAGUGAAAAUUGAAGUUUUGGUUUUAGUUAUUGGCACCAUUUUUGUGUAGUUUCUAUUAUGUAUUAGAUAAAGCAUAUAUUGCUAUUGUACUGCCUAGCUUUUACUUUCUUUGGAGGUUUCAUCGUUGAGCUUGACUGUAAAAGGUUUGUUUAUGCAGAACUGUGCUGAUCAUUGGGAAAAUAUGUAGUAGUAAUGCAAUAUAGAAAUCUAUCUACAGAAUAAGUUAAUGCAAUAUAAAAGCAGUAAAUGUUGUUUAAUUAUCUGUCAUUCUUGGGUACCUGCCUAUAAACAAAGAUAUAAAAAUUGAAGAAUCAAAAUGAAAGAGUGGUAAAGAGAAAAAUGGCUGUUCUGGGAUAAAUUUUAACGUUGUAGCCUUUUGUCAGCUAGUUUGUGCUGAAGCUCUCAGUUGACAGUUUCUGUUUGAGUUCCAAGAAGGUUAGUGAAAAUUCUUGAUUCUUUUUGCCUCCUGAAGAAAGUAAAUAGUGUAGUGAUGUAAUUUUUCAUGGUUACCUCGCAAUGCAGAGAGAAGCAUUUGGUGUUGUAGAGCUAGAGAAUACCAAAAAAGAUGAACAUAUUGGUGGUGGAAAUGAGUACGGGACAGAGGAGUCUGAUUCAGUAGCUUGUGUCCCAGAAGUAACUCAUUCCGAUUCCGAGGACAGAGUUGCAAGUCCUAUCAAGUGUGAAACCUCUAAACUACCUUCUUCCGUAGGAAUUAGUUGCAGUGAAUUUAGUGGCCUUUCAUCUGCUCCAUACAGAAUUACUGGACGAAUUCCUUCUGUUACAUAUGAAAGUUCAUCGAUGUGUUCCACAGAGUUAGUUCCUUUCAGGGGGACUUAUUUAAACCACAAUAAUUUAAAGUCAUAUAGCAGAGAGUGGAAUUAUGGAAGUAAGCCAACUAGUGAAGCAGCUGAUUUGGCUUGUGAAACACUUAGUCAGCCAUUAUAUGCUCUUUCAAUUGUCGAGCGCCAUGAGAAUCAGAAAUCAAGACCUCCAAUCGAAGUGCAACACUCGACCUAUAUGGGAUACCCAACAUUAACCUUUCCAAGACGCUAUGGUGAAAGCUUAGUAUCCGAUUAUAAGCUCACUUUGCUAGGGAAUUUCUCCUAUAAGAGGCCAAAAAUGAAAGAAAUUCGGGCUGAUUUCAAAGCACAGAACCCUCUGAGUGGCCAAGUAAAGAUUAGGAAUUGUUCUUCUCGGCAAGUAUUGAUUUUAUUCUCCAAUGAAGAGGAUUACUACACUGUUUUGUACAAGAAAGCGAUCAUUGUUGCUGGUGCCCUCAUGCAGAUUUCCUGGUCGUCUCCAGAUUUCCACCAUGAAGUAAAACAGAAUAUUCAUCCUGAUUUCAGAUUAAGUGAUGCAAAAUCUGUUAAUUGGAAUACAGACACCUCUAAGCUGCAUCCUUCUAUAAAUGGCCUUUUAGCCCCUGCUACAGAUGAAAAGUCCAUGUCACUACAAGUGCCUGCCGUGUCCCAAUGCUUGAGUGUUCCUUCAAUAUGUCCACCAUUACCAUUAUUGGCUCAUUCAGUAAGUGUAGCUGGUCGAUUGUGUGCUGAUCGUUUAACAACUUCAGGUAUUUAUGUUCCUCAGUCUUAUCCGAAAGGAAUUGUGGGAAUUCCUAUUUUUGGAAGUAACGAACAAGCUGGCAGUGGAAACACCUUUCCUAGGCCUAGCCAAGCCCUGAAUCAGCAGAGUCUUGCUCAGCAGCAUAACCAACUGAAUUCAUAUAAACCAAAUAUGACUGUCAGGAUAGCACAAUUACAACCACCAUCAACAACCUCAGUAAGUGACAUUACCAGCUCAAUCCGAUACCGAGAAUGUCUCAAGAAUCAUGCUGCAAGCAUGGGAGGACAUGCUCUUGAUGGAUGUGGAGAAUUCAUGCCUAGUGGAGAAGAAGGGACCCCAGGAGCCCUGAAAUGUGCAGCUUGUAAUUGCCACCAAAAUUUUCACAGGAAAGAGAUUGACGAUUACCAACCGAUGGAUGAUGUUGGGUCACAUUCUAGGUUCAGUCAACCGAGAAAUAAUAGCAGUAGUGGCAGUAUACAAAACCAAGUCUUGAUUUCUCUUCCUACACAACAGUAUCAUCAUGAUUACAGUGAUAGCUGUUCACCUAGAUCAUUGGUUGACUCUUUGCAGCCUUAUACUCAACCACCCUCGCCUACAUCUGGUUCCGUAUAUUCACAACAGGCCUUGGAAAGAAUACAACCUAGUUCUAUUCGAUCAAGCUAUUCAUAUGAAAUGGUGAAUCACAAUACCAUGCAGAAUGGAAAGCAACGGGAAUAUUUCUGGAGUGACAGCAGUAGGAAUACAUCACGAGAUCAUCCUUCCGUACGAAAUGAAAAUUGGAAUUUUGACAUGGACAAGCCUUUAAACAACAGAACCCCUGAUCAUAUUCCAUUGGAGUUUCCAACCUACCCGUCUAGGUGCCAGCCCCAGACUGUAUUCACUGAUGAAUUUCCACAUCUUGACAUAAUUAACAACUUGCUACACGAAGAGCAUGAAACUGGACGGACUUUGAUGUCCAACUCAGGCUCUCAGAGGUUGAACAAGGGAUCAUAACACUAUCAGAAUGUGCAUUCCACUUAUCCGAGUGAUAUUGGUAUGUUUACUGGUCUAGGUCCCUCAUUAAGUUCUUGUAGGUGUCACUCUGGUCUUUAGAUUUGCAGUGAUUUUGCACUUCGUUAGCUUUGCCAUCAUCCCUGAUAUGAGUUGGUAUUUCAUUAGAGCUGAAGUAUGUUAACUCCUUUUUGUGCAAAUGUUAUUAAAUGACAACACUAUUGUCAUUUUGAUGGUAAUACUAGUUUUUAUGGAUUUUUUUAGAGUUA